UCAAAAUAAUGUUUUGCACCUUAGUCGACCGGUUGAGCUACGUACCUCUAUUGAUCUAUAUAAUCAAUUUUUAUAGUAAAUUACCAUGCAUCUGCUUUUAGCACACAAAAAAAAAAGGAAAGUUAAUCAUCUACAUUCAAAGAUUGCAUGCAAGAGAGGGAGUGAGAUGAUCUAUAGACUAUGAAAUAUGUUGGUAGAAUUUCGUAGACUGAUCCAAACUAGGGAAAUCCAAAGGACAUACACAUGCAUAUAUAUAAUAUGGGGGUGUAUGUGUGUGGGUGUGUUACGUGUGUAUACGAGCGAGAGAGGGGGGCUAUAAAGAAAGGAACAUGUGAACGCAUUAAGAGAAGGUGGGGUUUUGUAUUGAUGUCUUGUUCUUGGAAUGGAGCCACAUGGUAGGAGGGACUCUCAAAACGCCUCUUUUAGGGGUAGUUGUGAUGCAGCCAAAUAAGAGCCCUUGCAUGUGACUCCAUGUGUUUUAUCAUCCCUCACCCAUAUUAUUCCCUUCUUCGUCGACUUCUCUCUUUACAAAUUAUAAUAUAUAUAUACUUUUACAUAAUUACCUACAUGUAAUAUUAUUAUUUAUUGUGAUAUUCUUUAUUUUUCUAUUUUUUUGGUUGCAUGUCAGUUGAUAGUAUUCCAUUGUUGAUUCAGAAAAAAGAUUACUACUAAGUAUUACCAUUGACUAGUACUUUCAAAUCCUCGUAAUAAAUUGUGUUUUGUACCCGAAAGAAAACUAAUAGUACUCAACAACAUAUUACCUCAUUUAUGUAUACAGUGAAAAUUAACUACACAAUAAGUUCCACAAAAUGACAUAUAUCAUCAGCCAUUGUUACAUGCAAACAAGUGUAGGACCUACUACUCCUUUUUCUCUGUCUCUCUCAUAUUCUAAGUUUGCUAUAUAUGUAAGCUUUCUUCCUUGUAGACUUUCCUUCGUAGCAAGAAUAAUUUCUCAUAUGGAGAGGCAAAUCAUAAACAAGAAGAAACGAGUGUUUUCUGUUGAACCAAACAAGAUACCCCCUAGUGAAGUUUUCACGAGGAAAUACACAAGCCUCUUAGUUCCUGCACUCAAGAAGCUCAACAUGAACAAGAACUCUUCACAAGUCAACCAACUAACCGUGAAGCAUGAAGUAGACAUGGCUUUGGCUUUGUCUGCCCAAGAAUUUGCAUGGAGCCGUUUCUUGCUACAGAAGCUAUCGUCCUCGAACAAUCCAACCACUACUACCAGUUCUUCUUCCAACGGAAUUCGUAUUCAAGAAAGAUCCGGUAAAGAAGGUGGACACGAAGAUGGAGAGAGAGAGGAGAAACUGAGGGAACUGCAGAAGCUUUUGCCAGGUGGUGAAGAGAUGAAUGUAGAAGAAAUGUUGGGUGAGAUUGGCAAUUACAUUAAGUGUCUUGAGUUGCAAACGAUUGCUCUUAAGUCGAUUGUUCAAGAUACUACUUGACUUUUAGUUUUAGCUUGUGAUUUUAGUUUGUGUUUGAGUUUGUCCUUUAACUAAACUCAUCUAUCUAUGUUUUAUUUUCUCUCGUUUCUAUAAGAACGAGAGCAUAUGUAUUAUAGUGGUUUUAUC